UCAUUUUAUACAUAUUUGACAAGAUUAAAUAUAGAAAUGGUAAAUAUUUGAUUUUCUGUUCAAUGACUAUUUCAUAUAGUUUUAUCGAUUUAAUGGUGCAAUCUGUCCAAUAAAAUACAGACAAUCAUAUAUAUAUACAUCUAUCAUAUGUAUUAAAUAACAUGCAUAUAACAAUGGAUGAAUCUAAUAAGGAAUUAAUUAAUAAUGUACCACAUUCACGGGCAAAAACGCGACCAUCUGGAAAAUGUACAUUAGCUAGGAAACGUUUAAAACAAGUGUUUAAUAUGAGAAAAUAUUAUUUAUCAGUUAUCGGAUUGACAGGUUUUGAAGCAUUAUUAGUAUUAUGUCGAGUGAUAUUGGAAACAGAAUCAUUACGUUUACCUCCCGGAAAUACUCAACGAUUAAUUUUAGAAGGUCAAUUAGCUUUAGAAUGUUUAAGUUUAUUUACAUUGACAUUAUUUGUUGUGGAAGUUCCAUUUAAAAUAUGGGCUAUGGGAAUUCGUCAAUGGGGUCGUCAAUUAUUAUUUAUUAUAGAUGGUCUUGUAUGUGCAGUUUGUUUCUCAUUAGAUAUCUAUAAUAUUUAUCGACAUUCUAGUCGACCAUCAAGAGGGAUUACAUCAUCAAAAGUUUUAGAAUUAUGUAAUUAUUUACAUAUUACUUCACAAGCAGAUACAGCUUCAACAUUUGCUGAAAUCUUUGGUCUUGUGAUUGUUUAUAGAUUAUGGUAUAUUAAAAGAUUUAUAAAAAAAACAGUAUUCAUUAAAAGUAAACAAUCAAUUAAAAGAAUUCAAGAACUUCAACAAGUUUAUGGAGAAGCUGAUCAACGUAUUAAUCAAUUAGAAAAUAUAUUACAAGAACAAAUAGAUCGUAAAGAUAAUCACCGGUCAAUAUCGAAUGUAAUUUUGGAUAAUAAACAAGGACAACAACAAACAACAAGACCAAUGUCAAAAGUGAAUUAUUCCAAUCGUCCUGCACCACAUUUCAUUCAAUAAUCCAAACAUUACUGUAUAUUAUAUCAUUGACACUGAUAAUAAGUAUAGUCGAGGAGGUCAGCACAACUAACAAUUCAUAUCUUCUAUCCAGCCGACGUUUUGUUUAACCAGCUAAUAUGUUAAAGAAACUCUCCUAUAAUCAAUUUCAAUUAUGAUUAAAUUCUGGUUAAUCCCUCUUUGUUAACUAACCUUAACAGACAACGUUGUUCGAGCAGUAACAAUUCGUCUAUUUCUUUGUAUUUGUCCGUAUAAAUGUAUACACUUGAUCCACAUAUGACAACCUAUGCAUAUAUAGCUCUAUGUAACUAAAAUGUUAAUCGCUUAAAUAUCACUCGAUGAAUCAUUCUCUUUCCUAUGUAUAUAUGUACUUGAAUCCUAUGAUUAGCCUUUACCUUGAUUAGUUGCAUCUUAUUCAAUUUGACUAUAAAUUCACCUCUGUAUUUACUCGCAUACACAUAAAUUCACCUCUCUGCUUCCAAUUCGUUUGAUACGCUUAUAACUUUGUUGUCUAUGCUAUCUGCUAAUAAAUUGUAGUUGUCACUUAUUACUGCCGUCUGGUUUCACACAGAACUGAGAUGUAUAUAACGAUGGUUAUCAAGGUGAUUGAUUAACGAAGCUAAGCCAGUACAAUGUCGUUUUAAUAAGGUUAAGUAUUUUGUGAGCAUCUAAACAAAUAUAUGUUCUUAGGAUUACCAUUGGAGACCUAUUGCAGUUAUUUUCAUGAAAGUGAGCAUGUAGUACUUCGAAUGUACCCGUUGUUGAGGUGUAUGUGUUCUUGUAUGGUAUACAUUAUUAUUUGACUAUAAAUGUUGAGUCAUUUGUUAUUCAGAGACCUUACCCAAAGGUCAAGUUCCAUAUACAUGUACUAUACUCUUCAUGUUUUCUGCUAAUAUAUGAAUGCUGAAAAUCUGUAUGAUCUUCAAACAUGUUGUAUUUUAGUGUUUUCGAAUUUGCAUUAUAAGAAAUGAUAUAAUGUUAAUGAAUGUUGAUGAAAUGAAAUGUGGGGGGGGGUAUGUAUUUUAAGUGAAAUCAAUUAAGGGUCAAACACUAAUAAAGAAAAAGCUUCGCUGUAUACCAUCAGUACUACUGUUGUGGUGAGUGAACACUCAUGCAUUAAAUACAUCAUUUGCGUAUAUUCCAUCAGUUGUCCUUUUACAUACUUCAUGAUUCUUUCAAUGUUGUUUUUAUUUCAAUUCCUCUUUGUUUCUCUUUCUGUUCUGUUCAGUUCGAUCUUUUAAUCAUCUACUGUUAGGCAUUUCACAUGUGCCUAGUGUUACAUACUACUUAUGACAGUCGAUAUAAGUAAUAUUCACCACAGUGUUACAUUAAGCACCAUAUUUCUAUUAAUUUGUGAAAUUAAUAACUAAUGAUCGUAUUCAGGUUGUGUUAUAACCCAGUGAAGAUUAAAUUACAGGUAACUCACGAGGACUAUUAAUGGACUAAUAUUCUAUAAAUAUUCUUAUUGUAUAACUACUCAACAAUUACAUUAUGUAUAUUUAUAUUCCUCUUAUGAUAAACUUUAUUUUGACCUAUAUUUUAUUAUUGUACGAUUUACGAUUCUUGAGCUAUGCUCAGUCUAUUAAUUACUGUCCCCCUCAUUCACAGCCACUUUUUGGCUUAUUUGUGUACACAUGUUAUUUUCUAUUUUAUGGUACAUUGUGGUCUGUCUGAUUGAUAUAUAAACCGGGUAUGUCUGAAG